AUGGAGCCGUUUGGCGUUUUUCCUUUGCCAAUAAUAACACGAAGAUCAUGCUGUGGAAUUAUAAGAACAACGACUUACAGACCAGCAUUAGAAAAUCAACAACUGAAAGAACUCAUCCAAGUAACUUCUGAUAAUUCAAAAUCAAUAUUAUUACAAAGUGAGAAAGAUCAUUUUACUACAGAAGAAAGUUUAACCCCUUCAACCAUGGUAGAUGAUAGUUUGUAUGAUUUAGAAGCUCAGAAGGCUUUAGAUUGUUCAAAUAUAGAGUGUUCUGUGAAAGAUGAAAUGGCGCCACUCUGCGCCUGCAACUACAAUACCGGCAAUGUUGUAACGUUCAAGAAUAGGUGUGAUUUACAAAAACACAAUUGCCGAUUUGACACAGCUUUCAAGAAGAUAUUAAACGAAAUCUGUCCCUGGGAAUUUGAAUUCAGACGACAAAAUGGAACGAAGAGAUUUGAUUAUAGUAGUUCAAAAUAUUUUAAUUAA